GGGAGGGAGAAACGAAAUGAAAAACUCGUAAACCCUAGACUCUAGAGCCUUCCUACCAAAGCUGCAUUUGGUUGUACAAAUCAAAGAAAGGAAAAACUCUAAACCCUCCUUCCUUCCAAUGGCGGCUGAUGUUCUUCCGCCGGAAAUACUUGCCGAAAUCUUCUCCCGCUUACCGGUUCAAUCACUUCUCCGAUUCCGAUCAACUUCAAAAUCACUUAAAUCCUUAAUCGAUUCUCACAACUUCACUAACCUUUACCUCAAAAAUAAUCCCCUCAAUCGAUUUAUAAUCCUUCGACACAAAUCCGAUCUCUACCAACUCCAAGUCGAUGAUGAUGAUUUCUCUAAAUCAAUGAUACCGCUCAACCAUCCUUUAAGCACUAACAUUAUGCUUUCCCUUUUCUCUCUAAAAGGCAACCGCACCUUUCCUCUUAUUGGUUCAUGUAACGGCCUCCUCGCCCUUUCCGACGGAGAAAUUGUUUUCAAGCACCCUCAUGGCGUUCUCGAAACCACAAUCUGGAACCCUAACACCCGCAAAGAUCGGACCAUCCCUUUUAUCCCUCUUCCUAUCCCUAACAUUGAGGACUCUGACAACCCCAAUCGCGGCGGUAUAUGCGUUCACGGCUUCGGUUUUGAUCCAUUCACCGCCGAUUACAAACUCCUCAGAAUCACUUGGUUAUUUGCUCGACAAAACAUUUUUUAUGAUUCACAUGUCAGUCUCUUUAGCUUGAAAACAAACUCGUGGAAAACAAUUCCCAGUAUGCCGUACGCUCUUCAAUAUGUUCAAGCCAUGGGGGUUUUUGUUCAGAAUUCUCUUCACUGGGUUAUGGCCAAGAAACUUGAUGGGUCAUAUCCUUGGUUAAUUGUCGCAUUUAACCUCACACUUGAAAUUUUCAAUGAGGUUCCUCUUCCCGUUGAAUUAGAAGGUGAAGAGGUUAACAGUAAUAGUAAUGGGAGUUUUAAAAUUCGUGUUGCUGUUUUGGGUGGGUGUCUUUGCAUGUCUGUGAAUUAUGAAGCUACUAAAAUUGAUGUUUGGGUGAUGAAAGACUAUGGAUCUAGAGAUAGUUGGUGUAAACUUUUUACUUUGGUUAAAUCGUGUUUCAAUUCACCUUUGGACUUUUUGAGGCCGUUAUGUUAUUCUAGUGAUGGAGGUAAGGUUCUGUUGGAAGCAAAUCCUAACUUGGAUAAAACUCUUAGGAAGCUGUUUUGGUAUGAUCUCAAGAGUGAACAAGUUAGUUAUGUUGAAGGAAUUCCUAAUUUUGAUGAAGCUAUGUUUUAUGUUGGAAGUCUCGUAUCACCUUUCUUCCCUGUUGAUACUUGUAAGAAGGAGAAUCGUACAAGCAAGACCAAGAGAAGGGACGACUUCUUGUCCCGAGGAUUUAAACUGAAAUUGUAAGGGAUGGAUGGAAGGAAGGACCUAUGAUGUGCAGCUGAAACAAGAUGCUCAAGUUGUUUUUGGUAAUGAAGGUCUGUGGCAAAGGUUGAAUUGAUAAUGAAUGGGGCUGCACCCAUUUUUAUCUCUCAUUUUGAGUUGUAAGUCUGAGAUCACACUUAUCCUUGUGUAAAAAUCUCACAUUAAGGUGUGAAGAAUUUGAUGAUGAAUCCUCUCUCCCUCUGGCCUAUCUAAAAGGAUCAUUUGCUUUUAUAUUUUACUUCUAGUACUGUUGCGAAUAUAUGGAAAGCACAAUGAGGUUGGUUAUUGUAUAAAAAGUGUCUUUUAUUUCCAUUAACAUGCGUAUGAAAGCACAAUGAGGUUGGUUAUUAUAUGAAAA